AUGGCAACUACAAAGGUCAAAAGAGAUAGUAGUAGUAGCAGUAGUACUACUACAACAGCUACUACUACUUAUGUGCCUGGGAAGAAGACACAAACAUCUUCAAAUUCCCACCCUAGAACUAGCAGCACUACUAGUAAUUCUACUAAAAAAGCUGCUUCUUCUUCUUUGGCUUCCACAGAUGAUACCAGUCAGAAACAAGUCCCUAACUAUCUCAAACCCACAAAGAGCUCUGGCCCCACUUUCAUUAAACACCCCAAGAAUCAAGAUAAUCACACCAAUAAGCCAACCCUCAACAGAAGAAGGUCUUUUGACAAGCCACCUUCGCCUUCGGGAUCAUUCUCAUUGGCCCAUCAAAAGGCUUCAGAGAGAGUUCUGUCAAACUCCUCAUCUUUCUCAUCCAAAACCACUUCUUCUCCUCCUCCUCCGAGAAACCUUUCCUCAUCAAAGAUUACUGCUCCUCCUAGAGCUACCAAACCUCAGACUUUGUAUGUCAAGAAUGCGAAAACGAGCAAAGAAAGUUUUGUUAGGAAGGAAAAAGGUUCAACCAAGAGUACUAGUAGUAGUACUACUAAUAAAGUUGUUAAACCUGACGGUACAGUGGUUAAGGUUGAUCAUGAUGAUCAACUGAUUAAAGCUACUCCACCAGAUGAUGACCAUGAACUGAUCAAAUCAGAAGAUAACGUUAGUCAUGAUGAUCAUGGCAGCGAUGUUGUUGAUUAUGAGCAUGAUCCGGACAUUGAUCAUGAGAUUAAUAAGCUUAGCCCACCUUGUGAUAUUUCCACUGUCUCAGAUGAACUGGUAGUAAAAGCUGAUCAUCAUGAUGAUCCUGAAGUUGUUAAUUAUGAUAACAACAACAAUAGUAAUGAUGGGAUCGAAGAGAAGCCUGACAAACUAGAUAGUACUGAUCAGGAAGUAGAGGAUAUUGAUCCAGGAGAUGAACAUGACAGUGAUCAAUUAUUAUUAGAAGAUGGUCAAGAGAAUAUGAAUCAAAACAAAUUAGCUGAUCAUCAAGAUCUAGAAGGUACGAACAAUAUUAUUGCAGGUGAUGAUCAUCGGGAAUCAAAAGCAGAUGAUGAUCAAAUAGUACUGGUCAAAGAGAAAGAUACCAACAAAGCAAACGUUGAGAAGGUAACUACAGCUACAAAUCAAGAAACCGGAUCAGUUAAUAUUGAAGAAAACAAAUUCAUUAACAUUAUUUGUGAUGAUCAUGAUCAUGAUCAUGUUGAUCAUCAUCUGAAGGAACAAGAACAUGCAGUGGAGGAAGUGGCAAAGCCUGUAGGGGCAUCACCGGCACUGGUACCAGUGGCGGCGGCUGCUGUGAAGAGACAAGGGAAGAAGGAAUCUCAAGCUUACAAUGAUGUAAUAGAAGAGACUGCAAGGAAGCUGUUGGAGAAGAGAAAGAACAAGGUUAAGGCAUUGGUUGGCGCCUUUGAAACUGUUAUUGAUUAUGAAUCUAAAUAAUGUUUUGUAUAUGCCAACACACAUUUUAUUAGUUUAAUUGGCUUUCAAUUGGAUCGGGAAGUUGUACUUGGAUACAAACGAAGGAGAGAUUCAUAAGAUUAUUAUG